GAGAGGGGCAGAGGCAGAGCUUGCGGCAGACCCUCUCCCCUCCUUCUCUCCCCCUUCACUGAAGCACUUAGUGUAUUUUCUUCUCUUUGGUCCACUUAGCCCUUCCUCUGAGGGAAUGCAUUAGCACAUUUUCCCUCUCAUUUCAUUUCCUCGCAUAAUUUAUCCAACACUGCUUCUGUUUGAGUGUCUGCACUGGAAUGUGUGACUGGCUCCAUAGGCUUGUGUAGCUGCUGUGUUUGUGGGCUUGCAGUGUGUGCUGACCGCUGGACUUCAGAGUGCUCGCGUUUCUGCUUCUGACACACUGAGCCUCAUGCUGAGGAAGAAAGGCUCGGACCUGCUGAAGGACCGUGAGGUUCUGCUGGACCUGGACUACACUGGAGAAACCCAUGGAGCGGACUGCUAUGGCAGCCUGCAGAAUGGAGGCUUCAUCCCACCCAGAUAUCUGAAUGCUGCUGCUGCUGAUGAUGAUGAUCCCAUCUACAUUCACUGCGAGAGGCCGGCCACACCGCUAGCUCAGCCACCAGGCAACUACUUCAGAGAUGGAAAAACUAAGAUAGAUUUUGUGCUGGUGUGGGAGGUGAAGUCACGUAGGAAGCGGAGAGCCCGAGGGAAAGGCCGAGGGGAGGCUGAGGAAGUGGAAGAAGAGCAGGCUGCUCAGGAGGAGAGCAGAUCUGAGAAGAGGAAAGCUCAGCUGGCCCGAUGGAGGGACAAAUUCAUCCAGAAUAUCCAGAGUGCUGGCCUGCUGUUAGAAAAGGAGGAAUCAUCCAGUGCGAAAAAAACAAUACACUAUUUGAAGCUCAGCGCUCCCUGGGAUGUGUUAUUGUACUAUGCUGAAGAAUUGUGUCUCAGAGCACCACUACAGGCACAGCCACAUCCAGACUUUAACACCUCAGCCCAGAUUCUCCAAAAACUCUACGUGCCAAACAUCAUGGCAGACUCUGUGCCCAACAGGCCUGUGGACUACUACACAUGUGCCUUUCGCAAGUCCAAGAUGGAAAAAUUUCUGGGCUCUGAGGACCAUGAGAAUUACUUUACCAACACACAGAGACAUCGCAUUGUAUAUGAGAUCCUAGCGAGGACUGUAUACGGCAAACGGAAGCGUGCAGAGGUUGGAGUGGCUCGACUGUUAAACGAAGGGGCCUUUAAAGCAGCGUUUCCCCUUCAUGAAGGGCCAUUUGAGCUUCCAGGAUAUGAGAUCCCUCCUGACCAGUUAAACAAGAGACAGGUUCUGUAUCGCCACUGGGCCCGCUGGUCGAAAUGGUACAAAUACCAGCCCCUGGAUCACAUCCGAGAAUACUUUGGGGAGAAAAUUGCCCUUUAUUUUGCAUGGCUUGGCUUUUACACAGCGUGGCUCCUUCCUGCAGCAAUAGUUGGAACAUUUGUGUUUGUGUCCGGCAUCAUGACGAUGAGCUCCAACACCCCAGCAAAAGAAAUCUGUGAAAGUGGAGGCCGGUAUCUGAUGUGUCCUCUUUGCGAAACCUGCAAACCUUGGAAUAUGUCAGACAUUUGCCCCAUGGCUCAGGUGGGCUACUUGUUUGAUCACCCUGGCACAGUGUUCUUCAGCGUAUUCAUGUCCUUCUGGGCCGUCACUUUCCUGGAGUACUGGAAACGCAAGAACGCCACAUUGGCCCACCACUGGGACUGCAUGGACUUUCAUGAGGAGGAGGAGCCCCCACGUCCAGAGUUUGCAGCCAUGGCCCCUGCAAUGGAGGAAAACCCUGUGACUGGGGUGAAAGAGCCUUACUUCCCGGAGAAGGCCCGGAUCUCCCGCAUGCUGACUGGUUCUAUGGUCAUUGUCAUAAUGCUGUGUGUGGUGAUGAUUUUCCUGGUCACUGUCAUCAUCUAUCGCAGUAUAGUGAGCGUGAUGAUGUAUGAGACUGGGAGCUCUGUACUGCGCACACAGGCUGGGAACAUUGCCAACAUCUCCAGCAGUAUGGUGAACCUGGCUCUAAUAUUGCUGAUGGGGCAGGUGUAUACUGCACUGGCCGAGCAGCUCACUAAAUGGGAAAUGCACAGGACGCAGACGCAGUAUGAGGAUGCGUUUACGUUUAAGGUGUUCAUCUUCCAGUUUGUCAACUUCUACUCCUCCCCUUUCUACGUAGCCUUCUUCAAGGGAAGAUUUGUCGGCUACCCCGGUCACUAUGGCACUUUGUUUGGAAUGAGGAACGAAGAUUGCGGCCCAGGGGGUUGUCUGAUUGAGCUGGCUGAGCAGCUUUUCAUCAUCAUGAUGGGAAAACAGCUCAUCAACAACGUUCAGGAGUUUGUCAUACCUAAAGUAAAAGCAUGGAGACAGAAAAAGGCUCUGUCUUCAGUGAAGAAGGCUCAGAGUGGUCUAGAGCCCCAGCGCUGGGAGCAGGACUAUGAGCUGAUCGAGUGUGAGGGGCUCUUUGACGAAUACUUAGAGAUUGUGCUGCAGUUCGGCUUCAUCACCAUCUUUGUAGCCGCAUUCCCACUGGCCCCUCUCUUUGCCCUUCUCAAUAACUGGGCAGAAGUUAGACUGGACGCUCACAAGUUUGUAUGUGAGUACCGGCGGCCUGUAGCUGAGCGAGCGCAGAACAUCGGCGUUUGGUUUAUCAUCCUGGAGGCCCUUUCACAUGUGUCUGUCAUAGUAAAUGCUUUCCUCAUUGCAUUUACAUCUGAUUUCCUGCCUCGGCUGCUGUACCAGUAUAAAUUCGAUAAUGAUUUAGGUGGCUAUGUCAACUUUACAUUGGCCUACGCUCCACCCAGCUACAACUACUCCAGCCAUGGCAUGUGCAGGUACAAAGCUUUUCGAGAUGACAAUGGGAACUACACUCUAGUAUACUGGGAACUUCUUGCAGUCAGACUUGGCUUCAUCAUUGCAUUUGAGCAUGUGGUGUUUUUUGUGCUGCGUGUGAUUGAUUGGAUGGUUCCGGAUGUGCCUGAGUCUCUGGAGCUGAAGAUCAAGAGGGAGCGUUAUUUGGCCAAGCAGGCUCUGGCUGACAAUCAGGAGGCCCUGUUGGUGAGUGGCAGGAUGGCGCGCAGCCCAGCAAGCGACACGUUUGGCAACCUGAGGCAGGCCUGCAGGGUCAGAGGGUCUCCAGGAGGGGGCACACUCAGAAAGGCAAGCCUGGAUACCCUCAGCACAGAUUCAGAAGGCACUUCCUAAA